AUGAGAAGUCAUAAUAGACAGGUUAAGACAAUUGCAUCAUCUCUUACUUAAAAGGAAUUAAAUCAAAAAGAGCAAUAUCAUAAAAAUCUAGAUUUAAGAAUAAGAGGAAUGAAAGAGGAUAAUCAUUCGAAGACAGUUUUAGAAGAACAUCCAAAUUAUCAAUAACUUAAUAUACAAUCUAAUGAAAAUAGCAGCAUAUUAAAUCUAGAAGAGUAGAUUAAGCUAGUAUCCAAAAGAAACAAAGAAGUUAUGCAUAUUUAGGAAAAUCAAUAUGAGAGACAUUUUGAAGCUUUUAGUAAGAAAAAGCUUAUUUAUAAAUAAGGGUAUACAAGUAAUGCAAGCAGAUUAGUUGACGUAUUCAAUCCCAAGAAUGAUGUGUUUGAAAUUCCAUAGGAUAAUAACGUACUACCAAAUGUAUUUGAUUUAUCUAAUGGAUAGGAAACUGCAUCAAACAAUAUGCUUACUGGUUCAAGUGAGCCGGAAAAGACCUAAGUUUAUUAUUAAUAAGCAAGAUAAAGAGAUGAUGUCUAAGCUAGAGCUGUAAAGGCUAAUAAGAUUGAUGAAUUAGCUGAUGGGCCAUUAAAUCAAAACACUAAAAUUGAUUACAGUUAUGAUGUCACUAGGUUGAAGUCUAGCCUAAAAAUAAAAAUUGCAUAACAAAACUAAAGUGAUACAAAUAAUUAGAACUUUACAGAGGGAAUGCAAUCUCCUGAUAAUUUGUAUGAUGAAAAGAAAAAUGAAAAUCUUAAAUUUUCACAGAAAACAUAACAAUAAUAUUAGUAUGGGACUAUCGGGGUAAUAAAAUAAAAAGACUUUCCUUAUCAAGUAUGGGUGAAUAAUCAUCUUAAAAUAUGGUUGUUUUCAGUUCCUCUGCUACUUAUUCAACUAAUCAACAAUUUAAGUCUUGAAAUCUGGAGUCAUUUUGGAAUAAGCUCAGGGUCAAUAUUGCUAUUUACUUUAAUACUAGAUCUUAUUGAGUUAAUAAGAUUUAGAAACUACUAUAAGGAGAAGGUAAAAUAUCAGUAACUAGUGUAAUUAAUAAGACUUGAGAAUAGUAAUGAUUCGAUUAAUCUCAGAGGACAUCCUGAUGAUGAAAUUUAGCUAUUUUCAUGGCAUCCCAUUAACUUUACAAAAUAGUCAAUGACCCGUUACAUCUAUAAGUAUACAUCAAUAGGAUUAAUAAUCAUAGCUGGCGUGAUUUUAAUAUCAUUUUAUGUCAUCAAAGAUCUUGAAUGUCCAUUUGGAUAUUAUACCUUUAGAGACACAAUCUGCCUAAAAUGCGAGGAUUCAAGUUGUAAAAUUUGUGAUCAUAGUGGGAAAUGUACUUAAUGCUAUGAUAAUUACUUUAAAGAUUCUUAUUCUAAAUGCGCCCUUUGUUCAUCAUCAAUUCAAGGCUGUAAUACAUGUUAAAGUGCAAAUAAAUGCACUAUCUGCUAAAAUAACUUUUUGCUGAACAAAUCGUUUUAUAAUUGUACCUCAUGUCCAGACACAAAUUCUGGAUGCUUAAAAUCAUAAAAUAAUUUGAUAACAGAAUGUCUACCUGGAUAUUCUUUUAAUAAUCAAACUAAAUCAUGUCUAAGGUGUAGUAGUAUCACUAAUGGCUGUAGUACGUGCACAUCAAGUGGAACAUGUUUGUCAUGUGAUUAAAAGAAAUUUAAAUAAAAUCUAAACACUAAAGGUCUUUGCGAUUGUAAUUAAGAUUUAGGUUGGAUCACAGAUUCAAAGCAGUAGGGUUUAUGCAAAUGCACUAGUGCAAUUAUUUUAAAAGAUGAAACUUGCUUCCAGUGUAAUAGGACGAUAGAAUAGUGUAGUUCAUGCAUCAAUACAAACUAUUUCUUUACUGGUUCAGUUUUACUUGUUGAUGCCAUUAAUUAAUCUUUCUACACAGGAUGUGAUAUGUGCUAGAUAGGGUACUAUUAAUAAGUAGAAUAUGGAUAGUGCAUGAGUUGCAAUUCCAUUUCUGCUGGCUGUACAAAAUGCUCAUCUCAAGUUUGUUAGAGUUGCUCAAGUGGCUAUAGACUUCUAUCUGGAAAAUGUGUAAAAUCUCUUUGA